AUGCAUCAUGAUCUUGAAAUAUUUGCUUGCUAUUCUAAUGGUUCUGUUUGUUCUUGGCAGAUAGUUGAGUCCAUCAAGGGGGCUCUCAACGUCACUGCAGAUCCUGUCACCUUAUUCAGUUGUUGGAAUCCAUUAAUAUGUAGUCAGAUGUCAGAUUCGGGUCAUAGGAAGGAUUCUGGGAAAGGGACAUCAACUAAUAGGGGUCACCUAAGGAAAUACAGGCUUAGGGUUUCUAAUGACAGCCCUACACCGUCCUCUAUAGCUUCACCACCUCCAUCAACUGUUCCACCAUUUUUGUCCACUAAUUUGCCACCACCUCCGUCCACUUUGCCACCAGCUUUAACAAGUUCUAGCCCAAGUACUUCACAAAAUAUAAAUCCUCCUACAGGGUCACCACCCAUUAAUCAAACACAUGCUACCAGCUCUAGUCAUGCAGAGGUCAGUGAGACACCGAAUCCAAAGAAGCAGUUAAUAGAGCCUGAUGGAGAAGGAUUUCAUCCACAUAAGCCUGCGAUUAGUGGCAUAUCAGAAAUAGUUCGGAGCAAAUUUGAUAUGCCCUAUCCCUCAUGGAAGAAAAUACCCCCAGAAGUUCGAAAGAUGUGGUUUAGAGAGUUUGAGAAGAGAUUUACUUGGCUGUCUCACCAUGAUCCACUUAUUCGCGCUAAUUUUGAGAAGCGUGGGGCAGCUCGAAUGAAAGAUAUGUUAUCAGAUGUGUGUGUUAGAGGGAUCAAGCCGGACUGGAUUGUUGAUUCAGUGUGGGAGGCACUCUGCAACCACUGGAGUUCUGAACACUUUAAGAAGAUAAGUGUGCAAAACAAGAGCAAUCGUACUUCCUCUGAAAAUGGUGUUUCAUUGCAUACAGGCGGCUCCGCCCCUGCCACUAAACAUGCAAGAAAGAUGGAAGAAGAGUUGGGUAGGAAGCCAACUGUAGCUGAAUUAUUUAUGCGCAUGCAUAUGAAAAAGAACAAGACUUGGGUUGAUACUAAAUCCGGGAUGACAUAUAACAAAUUUACUGAUAAGAUGAGUCAGCUAGAGGCAAGUCAGAGCACAGGGGAAGGGUCAUGUAGUGGUGAUCAACAUGCUGAUCAGCCUUUACCAUCUGAAUUAGACGUAUGGAAGGAAACAGUUGGUGGGAAGAGAAAAGGGAGGUUGUAUGGACUCGGUUUACAGUCCACAGUGGUUUCAGAUGCUUCUUCCCGGUAUUCAAGUUUCUCAAAUCAUUGGGAUGAAGAUGAAUACAUUCAAGAAAAAGUUAGGACUCAUGUUUCUUCACUUAGUGCUGAGUUUAAUACUCAGUUAGAGACAGAACGAAAUGGAAGAGCUGAGUUGGCUGCUCGUCUGGAGUCAUUGCAGCAGGAAAAUAUCCAAUACAAACGUUUGCACUCCAAGGCGAUGAAGAAGCUUAAUAAAACAAACAAGAUGGUUAGUCUUCUUUUCAAACAAAUGAAUGUCAAAGCUAUUCAUGGAGCUUCUACUUCAUCUCAACUACCACUUGAUGAAGAUGAAUGUGAGGAUGAUGAAGAUGAAGGUGGGGAUGAGGAAGAUGAAGGAGAUGAGAGUGAGGAUGAUGAAUUGGAUUGA